CAGUGUGUAUAUAAAGGCCGGCGCUGGCCUCCCAGUUCUCCCAUCCAUUGCCAUCCAUCUCUGCUCUCUAGUGUGAGCAGCAAUGGGGUUCAUUCACAAGGGUGGGGUUUGGUGGUUCCUCCUGCUCGCCGGGGUGCUGCUGGCUGCGGCGGCGGCAGCAGGCGCGGAGCAGGACGAUGGGGCGGUAGCCACUGCCGUCCCGGAGGUGGAGGAGGCGGAUGAGGCCCGUCUGCGCGUCGAUGAUCCGGAGGAGAACGACUCGUGCGACCUCAAGUGCCAACACCACCAAGUUCCGGCGAGGAAAAAGCAGUGCGUCGACGAGUGCCACAGCCGGGAGCAUCACCACCCCAGCAGAGCGUCUUGCGAGAACAAGUGUAGCCACUGGCAAGACCCGACGAGGAAGGACCAGUGCGUGCAACAGUGCAUGCGCCGCGGCCUCAGCCUCGUUGUGGGCGGCAGCAACGACGUCGACGAGCACCCCCACGCCCAAGAGGAGGAGGCCGCCGGGCGUCCGUGCGACAGGGAGUGCCAGCUGUCUUGCCAAAGGAAGUGUCAGGGAUGGAAAGAUUGGACCAAGCACCAGGAGUGCGUGCGACAGUGCGUUUGCGGCAGCAACAGCAUCGACGACGAGCACCUCCGCAGCUGGGAAGCGAUGGCCGGCGCCAUCAUCGAGGCGGUGUGAGUGUCAUGUCACGCACCUAAUAAUAAUAGUAAUAAUGUAAGGGUGUGUGCAAGUCCUAGUACGUACGUACGUACGUGUCACCGGGGGUACGUACUUAGUAGCUCUAUACGGAGUGUGCGUAUGUGCACGCUUCGUCUUGCUAGGCCAAAGGCGUGAGAAUAAAAAACCAAUAGCGUGCGGUAGCUGCAUGCUUGGCGAUGCCUCUCCUCCUAGGCUUCUAGGAGUAGAAGAGAGCUGCAUGGAACUCGUGUUCCUUUUACUUGUUAGCAGUGCGUGAGAAGAAUAAAAGAGCAA